CCCUAUCUCAGCUCCUCCCCUCAAGCUUAAAUAAAUACAGACUCAGAUUUAACGUAGCAGCUCUGUUAAAAAAAUUCUCUAAUUUUCCCUGUGUGAAGGAGCAAUACAGACCACAAUGAGGCUGAUAUAUCUCUGCAGUGCUUUGCUGCUGCUCAUCCUUCUGCCCAGAACCUGUCAAGGUGGCAACAUCUUGGUCUUUCCUACUGAAGGCAGCCACUGGAUAAACAUGGAUAUUCUCCUUCAAGCUCUGCACUCCAGAGGACACAAUUUAACUAUUAUUCGUGCUAACAAAAGCUGGUACAUCAAGGAUAACUCCACGUAUUACAGUACCUACACAGUUCCAGUAGACAGUACCUUAGAAAAGGAGUUCAUCAUUAGAGUAGUUUCUGAGAUCAUAGAUUUUGAGCGAGGAGCUCAUCCCUUGAUGAGUUUUCUUGGUUCAACUGUGGGCAUGUUAGGCACGAUUGUUGAAGCUCAUGAAGGUGUGCAUGAAUUUGUAACAACCAUGUUAGAUGACAGAGAGUUGAUUAGAAAGUUGAAUGACACCAAGUUUGACCUAGUACUCACUGACCCCUGGUGGGGAGGUGGAGCCAUUUUGGCCAAAUAUUUGAACCUUCCUUUGGUUUAUAAUGUUCGCUGGUUAAUAGCUGGAGAAGCUCAUUUUGGCAUUGCCCCUUCACCCUUAUCUUAUAUUCCUGUAACACAAUCGCGUUGCACUGAUAAGAUGACCUUUUUUCAGAGAGUUAAAAAUGUGAUUGUACAUCUAAUAAGCCAAACACAAAUUUAUCUGGUCAAUCAGAUAUACCAGAAAAUAUGUGACAAAUAUCUUGGACCAAAUAAUGAUUUUUACCAGUUAAUGAUUGAUGCAGACAUCUGGCUGAUGAGAGUGGACUUUGUGUUUGAUUAUCCACGCCCCACAAUGCCUAAUGUUGUGUACAUGGGAGGGUUCCAGUGUAAACCUGCUAAACCUCUGCCUCAACACUUGGAGGAGUUUGUGCAGAGUUCUGGAGAGCAUGGAGUCAUCAUCAUGUCUCUGGGGACUUUUGUGAGUGAACUACCUGCUGACAUGGCAAAUGAGAUCGCUGCAGCUUUUGCUAAACUUCCUCAGAAAGUCAUCUGGAGGUAUAAAGGCAGCAGACCAUCCACUCUGGCCAACAACACUUUAUUGGUGGACUGGAUGCCUCAGAACGACCUUCUAGGACAUCCUAAAGUAAAAGUGUUUGUGGCUCAUGGAGGAACAAACGGAGUCCAAGAAGCUCUUUAUCAUGGAGUCCCAGUUGUGGGCAUCCCCUUGUUUUUUGACCAAUAUGACAACCUGAUCCGACUAGAAGACAGAGGAGGAGCUAAGAUUCUUACAUUAUCUACAGUGGACAAAGACAACAACUUCCUAAGGGCUUUACGGCAGAUCCUGAAUGAACCCUCCUACAGGAUGAACAUGCAGAGACUCUCCAGGCUGCACAGAGAUCAGCCAAUAACACCAAUGGAUAACGCCCUCUUCUGGAUCGAGUUUGUCAUGAGACACAAAGGUGCAGCUCACCUGAAACCAGCAUCACUCAGAAUGUCCUGGUAUUCCUACCACUCUGUAGACGUAGCUCUGUUCCUGGGUGGAGCUGUGCUGCUCAUGCUUCUAUCUACUUUCUUCUUGAUUAGGUGUUUGUGUAAUGCAAUGUGUAAACCUAAAGUGAAACGUGAGUAAUGAUUGAAAAAAUAUAUAGCACGUUUUGUACAAGAAAUUUAUCUCUAGAAUAAAAUACCGAUAUGUAAAUGGUUAAAUUUUUCCUGUGAUGACAAGAUUUGAGAGUUGACACAGCAUAUCUACAGUCACUAAGCAAUGUCAUGAUUUUGUAGAAAAAUAUUUUAUAGAUUGUCUCUUCAGAAAGAUCCCAGGCUGGGAUGUGAUCCAGGGAUCUUCUGACUAUGGGGCGAUAGUGCUAACCACCGAUUCACUGUGACAGAACAUGACUUACAUGAAAUUGAUUGAAAAAUUAAACACCAAUGUGGAGAUGGAUUCAUCUAUUCCUGAUAUUAUUUUAAGGUUUAAGAAUUAAUACAACAAAUCUACACUUAAAAAGCAAUGUCAUGAUUCUAUGGAGAAAAUGGUUUACAGGUUUUGAUUUUCUCUAUAUUUAAUAUUGUAUUCUCUCAUUUGAAUGAAGUAAAUAGUUAUUGUGAGCAUCUGCAUAAAUACUGUAGAAAUAAAACAGCUGGAUAUUUAUAGUUA